AUGUCUGCAAAGACUCUCCUUCCAACUUUCGCAGUGGCGGUCAGUCACAUGGCUGUUCAGGCCGCAGCCACAGCCUAUCCGGCUGACUAUAUCGUCGAGCACAUUCUCAAGCUCAGUAACUAUAUCAUCAAUCUCGCUGGCAGCAGCAUUCUCUUUGGCAGACCCGAACUCGAUCUAUACAGCCCCAGCCUGGACACUUUGUUCGACCGCCUGCAAAAGAAGCAGCUCGGUCCCAGCCUACUACCUCCUGGGUUUCUCACUGCCGAGCGCAUUCACGCACGAAUCUACCUGCGCUCCGACCAAGAGGCUACCGGCCGCCCGCUUGCCGACUACGAGGACCUUUACUACGCGCUCGUCGCACGCAUGCAAGAGAUGCGUCAAUUACUGAACCUUCGUAUCAACAGUGGCUUCAACAUUGCGACUCAACUGGUUUGCGAAGGCGGUCCGAGCAUCGCUGAGUUCCACAACAGUCUCUCCGAGUAUUGGGAUGUUCUCAACAAUCCAUCAUGUGGCAAAGCGCUCGAUGAUGCAAUCCGCGAGGCAAAGGUUCAGGCGCUCCGCGAUGAACUGGCCUGGCAAGUCGAGGGCGACAACAUGUCAGUAGAAGAUGCGCUCGAGCAGUUGAAGCAACUCAACAGCAUGGAUGUCUACAGCGGCAUCUCAGGACUCAAUUUUGUUCAGGACUGGGCGCCGACCAUGGUCGGUGCUUACUUGGAGCAGAAAUAUCGACACAUACUCGACCUGGAGAAGGAAGAGGCAACUAUUAAGGCGAGGCAAGAGCGCCGUCAAGCCAAAGUGAGGAGUACGCGCGAACUUCCUCCCGGUGCACCAGUAGCGCAGAAGGUUUCUGACCGCCGUCCUGCCCGCACUGCACGCAAGGCGGCUCACGACGCCAAUACCAAAGCCCGCAUUGAGGCUGACCACCAGUAUCUACCCAAAGAACAAGCAGCGAUGCAGUACUCCCCCGAGUGUCUAGCGGAGCUCCAUCCCGGUCGCCAUUACGAAGAGCAUAGCGCGGCCAUAUGCGAACAAAACAUUGCGAACGCAGACGAUAUGCUCAUGCUUCUUGAGUGGCAGAUGAAGACGCAGCGUGUAUCAGAGUACAGCGGCUACCUGCGUGCUCGUGCUAGCCAGGAGUCGCAGCGUGCUGUCCAAAGUACUCAGGGCUCGGUCACAGACAGCUUUGUUAGUUCUUUCUCCUCUACCUUGCCACUUGGUGGUAGUGGUGGUGUAAUUCAUCACCCCGACAUGAACUACAGUCAGUACAUGCAAUUCCAAGGGUAG